UCGCCGGCAGUCUGCGUCGAUCACUCGUUGGGAUAUCGACGACGCCGGACACGUGCUCCACAAACGUGAUCUAUUGGCGCGCGCGCGCGCGCGAGCGGGCCGGCGUCUCUUUAAUCGCGCGGUGCUUAUAUCCUCUCCGCAACAGCAGCGCGCGGCUCAUUCCUCGAGGCAAACAGCCCGCGCGAGGAGCAUCGAUGCAGUGUGAACUUGAAGUUUCGGCCUAAGAAGACGAUGAAUACUGCGAGGCUUCGAGCGACAACGGCUCGGCUGGUGACGAUCAUGGGCCUGCUGGCUCUGGUGGAAGCAUCCUCGGUGAGCCCACGGCCGGAGGCUAAGCUUUUGGAGCUUCUGGCGAGGCCCUUCGCGCCUACCGAGGGAGCGUCCGACGAGUGCAUAAGGGACAGCAAGAUCUACUUCGCCGAGCUGCGCAAGUACAAUCCGUGGGCCCUUCAAAUGUACGACGCGUCCGCGAAGAUCCCUCCCGGCGUGAUAACCGGAAACAUUCAGCAACUGGGCAACUACGACGAGUGCCUGAAGAUAAAGACCGGACAGGAUUUCGUGGCGCAAGCUUGCAGCGCCUCGGUGCAGUUCGAGAUUUUGAAGGGGCCGAAAACCUCGCUGGAGCUGGACAUGAAGGAUCUGCUUCUUCAAGUCGCUAAAGCUUCGGAUCUGAAAACCAUACCGGACUACUCCGUCGAUUACGAGUGGAUGUGGUGCGUGCCGUCGACCUGCAAUUACUCGGAGAUAUCGGAAGCCCUUGAACUUGCUCUCGAUCCUCUCAAGGUGGACGGUCGGCUGGAUUUCGCGGUGAACGUCAACGCCAACUCUUGCCACACCGUAGCCACGAGCGGCAGUGGAUUCGACAUGGCUGACUGGUCCUACAUUGCGAUAAUGCUGGUAUUUUCGGCGAUAAUCAUAGCCAGUACCGCUUACGAUCUUCAUACGAAACGCCGAGCUGAGGAAUUGAAGCGCAAAGACACCAAGUCCAGCCUGCUGACGUCGUUCUCGCUCUACUCGAAUGGCAAACGUUUGCUGAGCACCAGCAGACCUGGAGACACGAUUGGCUGUCUCGAUGGCCUGCGUUAUCUCAGCAUCUGUUGGAUCAUCUACGGACACACGUUCUAUCUGGAAGUGGUCGGCGUCAAGAUGGAUCGAAGUCAGAUUCCCAAGCUCCACGAGGAUUGGACUUCGCUGCUGGUCUUGAACGGCAACAUCGUCACUGACACUUUUUUCCUUCUCAGUGGCAUUUUACUGGCCUACACGACCUUAGUCAAGAGUAGCAAAGACGUAAAUCCAUCCCUCAACGUCGUAAAUCUCUAUCUUAAUCGCUAUUUCAGAUUGACGCCAGCCUAUGCUAUUGUAGUUGGAUUCUACGCGACUUUGUUCGAGAAGUUGGGUUCCGGAUUGAAAUGGAACGUUUGGGUCCACAAUAGCAAACUGGAUUGUCGGGCCAACUGGUGGACGAAUCUUCUUUAUAUCAACAAUUACGUCAACAUCUCCAACAUCUGUAUGUCCCAAAGUUGGUACCUGUCGGUUGACAUGCAACUGCUUUGGAUCUCUCCAAUCUUCCUUUACCCAAUGAUCAAGUUCAACAGAGGCGCAAUCUUCUGGACAGUGAUUAUCGUCGCGAUACUGAUAACCAUUUUGAUACCUUUCUGCAUAACUUACGCUCUUCAUCUAACAGGAACGAUGCUUUAUUACAAAAAUUUGAAAGACGUGACGAACGUGUACUUGCAAAUCUACACGAGAGUGUACACAAGAGCAGGACCAUAUCUAAUGGGGCUGGCGCUCGGUUACAUACUUUUCAAGACGAAGGGAUACAAAACGAGAAUAGCUUCGGCCUACGUACUGUGCGGAUGGUUGAUAGCAGCGACCGCUGGGAUGUCUGCAAUUUUCGGUCCGAGAGGAAUGUAUUUCAGCGAUCAUCAUUACAGUCAGCUAGAAGCAAGUUUCUAUGCAGGAUUUCACAGACAUGCCUUCUCCUUAGCCGUUUCGUGGAUCAUCUUUGCGUGUGUUAACGGAUACGCAGGCCCGGUGAACGCCUUCCUCUCCUGGAACGUGUGGGUUCCGUUGUCGAAGCUCACCUACAGCGCCUACCUGAGCCACUACAUAAUCCUGCUGUACAACGUCGGCAGCGCCCGUACCUCAAGCAGUCUGACGACCUACGGUGCUCUGCACACUUUCUUCGGUAAUCUCUGCCUGACGAUGCUGAUAUCUCUGUGUCUGAACUGCUGCUUCGAAAUGCCCUUCAUGAUCCUGGUGCGGCAACUUCUAACGCCUCGAGCCUCGAAGGAGAGACUGGCGACGAAACCCAGCGCCGAACAUAUCUUCGGCUCGACGGAUUCUGGAGCGGGUAUCUACCGAUCCACCGACGACAUCGGCGGUAACUCAAAAACGAGUAGCGUCGACAGCGUCUUCGCUAUCGGGAAGGAUGAGUCGUGCUGCGUUUACAACGUCGAUGUGGAGAGUGCGACGUCGAGGAAAAUUCUUGAGACGAGGGAUGUGGGACAGAGUAACGAUCGCAGAUACACCGCAGUCGGAUAGGGUGGAUAAGACGAGUCGGUUGUUGUUUUAAUUUCAUUCUAUAUAUAUAUAUAUAUAUUUUUUUUUGUACAGUUUUUGCACGGUUGUUCUUUCAUAGUAUUAUUCGUAGUUAUUAGAGAGUGGCUGGAAAGAUUAAUGGUUGUGUAUGUGCGCAGUAAGUGUGUGUAUGUUUGUGUCAUUUGAGCCAAGCUUUACUUAACGAUAUGAUCCACCACUCUGAUUACAGAGAUAAACGCAAAUCGAAAAAAAAUAUAAUUGUUUAUUGGAUCAGUUGAACGAUUUUUAAAAUUUAAAAAAACCACGGGAAUCUAUAUCGACAGGGUAUAUGCACGGUUUAAAAAGAUGUGUAUAAGUAAAUUAACGAUACAAGAGAAGUUUUAUCAUCGCAUGAUAGUAGGGAUCAACUUUACCGAACGUCGUGAGCGAAUUCAAGUUUUGUUUUUAACGUAUGCGUACGCGCAUAAGCGUUGAUAAUGUACAUUUUGUUGUGUAUCGAAAAAAUUAUCUUGAAAAAUGUUUUAAAAAAAUUUGCAUAACUAAAUGAACGACUAUGAAGAGAAUUAAGUAAUCGCAGGAACGAAAGUAUUAAUUUUUUAUUAGAUAUUAUAUUAUAUCGUCGGUCCCUACGAAGAAUAGUACGGUUCAGAUUUGCUACGAAGACUAGUACAUUUCAGAUCUUUCCCACAUGAAAAAAUCUAAUUGUUUUGGAGAAAAACAAAUAGUUAUUUUGGUUAAAACUAAUAGAAUUGCAAUACUUUUAAAGUUGCCAAACAUUUUUUUUAAAUUUAAAAAGUUGUUAUGAGAUUUAAUAUUAUUUUUUUUCCAAUUAAAGUUUUCAAUAAAAAUUUUUUAAAUUUCGAAAUUUUUCAAAAGGUUUUUUCAAAAUAACUAUUUGUUUAUCUCCAAAACAAUUGGAUUUUUUCAUGUGGGAAAGAUCUGCAAUGUACUAGUCUUUGCGCGACAAAUCUGAACCGUACUACUAUUCGUAAGGACCGACGAAUUAUAUCAUGUCAUAUCAAGUUAGAAUAUAAGAAAUGCAUUUUAUCAAUUCGACCAACACUUAGGGCUGUAGGGGUAGCUUUUAUAAAUUUUCUAGUAGGAAGAGAUAAGAGACUAAAUAUUUGUUAGAGUCAGUAGUGCUUGAAAUGCUCCAGUGCAUGUGUAGAACUUUGGCAGUACUAAAUAGUUUUAGACAUAUUAUAACAUAGAGCGAGGCUAGUGAACAAUAUCUACUAUGUCAUUACGUAGUCGAAAUCAUUGUGUUCCUUAUUGAAUAAGUUCGCGUGUUUAGUAUAUAAGUGACGUAAUUUAUUCAAUCUUAUACUGUCCCGCACGAGAGCGUUUCGAUCUUGUAAUGAUGAUUUCUCAGACGUCGUGCGUCAUACUUGUAGGUUCAUAGAACAGAAUAUAAUAUUUCAUUGAUACACUUAUAUUAUUCGGUAAAAACAUAGUAAUUGUAACGUGGUUUCUGGUGUUUUAGAAUUAUUAAAAACCUUUUUGAAUUAAAAAAAA